AUGUCUGGCGACGUGGAUAAGAGAUCGUCGCAUUGGCGGUAUGGGAUCAUAUUCGACGCGGGUUCCUCUGGUACCCGUCUACAUAUCUACAGAUGGCUCGACAGCGACAAGGCAAGAAAGGAAGCGGGAGUGAAGGAAUUAGAGUCGCUGCCUGUAUUGGAGACUAAGAGCAAAUGGACAGAGAAGAUACAUCCUGGUAUUGCGACGUUCGGAGAGAAGCCCGAUCGUGUUGGGCCAGACCACCUGGAAAGCCUAUAUAAGAAAGCCCGCAAAGUCAUUCCAAACGGUCUUGAGGAAGACACGCCAGUAUUCCUGCUCGCCACGGCUGGCAUGCGCUUGUUGCCUGAGAACCAGCGUAACGAACUUCUGCGGCAGGUUUGCUCCUACACUCGUUCAAACACCAAGUUCCAAUUACCAGAAUGCGAUGUACAUAUACAGGUCAUCCCCGGCGAGGUCGAAGGUCUGUACGGAUGGGUCGCCGCGAACUAUCUGCUCGGAGGCUUUGACGCGCCGAAGGAUCACGCACAUGGGAAAAACCAUCAUACAUAUGGCUUUCUCGACAUGGGCGGCGCCUCUGCGCAAAUUGCUUUCGCCCCAAAUGCAACGGAAGCUGAGCGUCAUGCGAAUGAUCUCAAGCUGCUCCGGAUGAGGACUAUUGAUGGGACAGCAGCGGAGUAUCGAGUCUUCACCACCACGUGGCUCGGUUUUGGAGUCAAUGAAGCCAGGAGGCGAUACGUUGAAGCGUUGCAGAAGGCUAGUGGUGCCAUUGAUACGGAGGUCCUCCAAGAUCCAUGCCUUCCCGCCGGCUUAAGCGUUACUACCAAGGGGGAUGUUUUCCUACCAGGGUCAAAGACAAUCAAUGGACAAACCCCUCAUCUGAAUGGGACUGGACAAUUCGACAAGUGUUUGAUGAUGACGCUGCCUCUUUUGGAGAAAGACCAUAUCUGUGAGGAUAACCCUUGUCUUCUCAACGGAGUACACGUCCCUGCCAUCGAUUUUGACGUCAACCACUUUGUUGGCGUCAGUGAGUACUGGCAUACCACGCAUGAGAUAUUCCAGGAAAGCCACAAAGACAAAGCAUACGAUUUCAAUACAUAUCAACAGCGAGUCAGCGAGUUCUGUAGCCAGGAUUGGGAUAUCAUUCGCAAAGGGAUAGACAAGCACGAGUGGGGGAAGAAGGUCGAUGAGCAGACCGCUAUCGAGGUGUGCUUCAAAGCUAGCUGGCUUAUCAACAUCCUCCACGAAGGCAUUGGAAUCCCGAGAGUGGGAUUGGAGGCAACUCCAGAUAGCAUGCACAAUGGUACGAUGAAGGUAUUGGAUAAUGCAAAGGACAAGGGCUUUACAGCUUCUUUUCAAGCAGUCAACAAGAUCGAUAAUACAGAAGUCAGCUGGACUCUUGGCAAAAUGGUCCUAUACGCAUCCAGCCAGGUCCCUCCAUUAAGAAACGACGCCCUUGCUGUUGGAUUUGGUAGCAAUAUACCCGGUAUCCCCGCAGAUUUCCAAUACGCCGGCUCCGCAGCGGUCCUCCGCACGGAGAACUCCACUUCUACGGAAGACCAUUGGCACUCGAAUCUUUUCCGCGCAUCAUCACCACGCCGCAUACCUGGCUUCAUUCUCUUCCUUUUCAUUCUCUCCAUUGCGCUGUACCUCCUCUGCGGUCGUUCCCGCCGUCAACGUAUCUAUAGCAGGUUCGGCUCUUCACCGCGGCGUGGCCUCGGCUCACCACCACGAAAGCGUGGACUAUUCGGGGGCAAAGUCCCGUUUUGGCGCUCCAACACGAGUCUAGGCAACUACGAGCGCGUACUCGAAGAAGGGGCAAAUGACAAUUUCGAACUCGGUUCUGUGGACGACAGCGACGAACCUGAGACCUCAGACUCCUCCUCUGCGUCCCACGGAAGCAAGACAUCGGGGUGGGCUACCCCUCGUAGUCGAAACAAAAACGGUCUUGAUGGAAGAGACCCUUUUGAUAACCUUGGCAGCGGUCAAGGUCUCGGCAUUACUGGCAAUCCUAUGGAUAGAAGUGGGUUGAUCGGUCGUACUGAAAGUAAGGAACGCAUAGCCGGCAUGGCUGAGGGUAGAAAAUCCAGGAGAGGCAGCCCAGCGAGGCCAAAGGGACUAGGAUUGAAACCUUUGGUUGAGGAUUGA